AUGAAGGGGGAGAACGUCACCAAGGUCGGCACGUUCAUCCUGGUGGGCUUCCCCACAGCCCCCGGGCUCCAGUAUGUGCUCUUCCUCGCCUUUCUGCUCACCUACCUCUGUGUCCUGGUGGAGAACCUGGCCAUUGUCCUCACCGUCUGGAGCAGCUCCCCCCUCCACAGGCCCAUGUACUACUUUCUGAGCUCCUUGUCUUUCCUGGAGAUCUGGUACGUGUCUGACAUCAUCCCCAAGAUGCUGGACGGUUUCCUCCUGCAGCGGAAACGCAUCUCUUUCGUCGGGUGCAUGACCCAGCUCUACUUCUUCAGCUCCCUGGUGUGCACCGAGUGUGUGCUCCUGGCCUCCAUGGCCUACGACCACUACGUGGCCAUCUGCCACCCCCUGCGCUACCAAGCCAUCAUGACCACGGGGCUAUGCGUCCAGCUGGUGAUCUUCUCCUUCGUGAGCGGCUUCACCAUCUCUGUGAUCAAGGUGUCCUUUAUCUCCAGCGCCACAUUCUGUGGCUCCAAUGUCCUGAACCACUUCUUCUGCGACAUUUCCCCCAUCCUCAAGCUGGCCUGCACAGACUUCUCCACCGCAGAGCUGGUGGAUUUCAUCCUGGCCUUUCUUAUCCUGGUGUUCCCGCUGCUGGCCACCGUGCUGUCCUACGGACACAUCACCCUGGCUGUCCUGCGCAUCCCCUCGGCCACCGGCCGUUGGAGAGCCUUCUCCACCUGUGCCUCCCACCUCAUCGUGGUCACCAUCUUCUACAUGGCCUUGCUUUUUAUGUAUGUCCGGCCCCAGGCCAUUGAUACACGGAGCUCCAACAAGCUCAUUUCCAUUUCGUAUACAGUCCUCACCCCUGUCUUGAACCCUUUGAUCUACUGCCUGAGGAACAAAGAAUUUAAGGAUGCCUUGAAAAAUACUUUGGGCUUGGGUCAGGCUCCACCAUAG